AUGAAUGAAAAAGAGGUUUUUUCUGUGAAAGAUAUUAAAUCAACAACACAAGGUAAGUAAUUGUAAUUCGCGGCUGAAUUCCUUUUCAAGUAUGUAGGGACUUUUAAAGUUAUAACAGAAGAAUAUUACUCUCUAUUCACUGAAGACAAGGUUACUGAAGAGCAAACUGAAAUCUGAUGCUACGCCUUAAGGUGCGAUAUCUAUCGGUUGUGUGGCUGAUUUCGAUCCCAAUGACAUACUUUACAAUAUCUACGUUUUUUUUAGCAACAAAACGUUCACGUGGAAAAACGCUGUAAAUCGGUAGCAGAGCUUUUGCUCAGUGCCCGCAUUAACCACGAGUUUGGUAGCGCAGUUUUAUUAAAAUUUACGGUGCUGCUGCUAAUUUUUGACCAAGAGUAACAACUCUGCAAGUUUAGUAGUGGGAAAGAAAUAUCGAUAUCCCUACUAGAUCAACAUGUUGCAACGCCGAUCUCUAGUAAAGAGUUCACUUCAACAUCGAUGGCCAAAAGCAAUGAUACGAAAUUUGUAACAGAAAAAUUUAUUAGCGGGAUUAACACUUGAACAAAUUAAUAGUCAGUAGUACCAUUGUAUCAUUUGUAUACGUUAUAAGCGUCUCAGGAAUUUUUUUUUCGCCUGAUGGUGUUUUUCGCAAGGAAAAGCCGGUAUAAGCCCUAUGUUGGAAAACUGGCAGUCAUCGCGCUGCCAAAAACUACACUUCAGGUUGUUGUGAACUAAAAAAAUUCUAAACAUUCAUUUGAAUAAACUUCUUUAAUCCCUUAAUGCCAAUUUCAUUUAAUUUCUGUCGACUUGCUAAUUGCAGUGCCUAAAGCAACGAAAAUUUGGAGGAAUUAUUUCUCCAAGUGUUUUCUGAAAACUUUGUUCUAAAGAUAGCAGUUAUUCUCCAAAGGGAUUGAAAGCACUUGACGGAUUCAUUGAAAACUGGAUUUUUUCUUUAGUUCUUAGGAGGGAUAUGGUUACUAUAUAAUAAGCAAUUUUCAAACAGAUACUUGAGUUAAAUAAAUUGAUAUGGAAAAGAACAAUAACCCCCCAAAUUACUGACCUCUUAAAUUAUCGUUUUUAAUGUGUGGCAACCUAAUAAGUUUUUGCUUGUUUGUUGCUGUAGUUUAGUAAGGCUUUCAGGAGGGUACCAACUCGUUGACAUUGAAAAAAAACAAGGGAUGCUCAAUAUCCUGCUAGGAAGCUUUUUGCUAGCAGGCUGUAGAUGUUCAAGGGCUUUGCUCAACUUUGACAUCGCUGACUUAAAAUUUGCAAAGGCAGUUUCAAAAGUGCAGCGGGGUUGAGGAGAGAUGCGGCCAUCCUCAUGAGGUUUUCUGGGAUUUUUGCCAGACGAUUUUGAGCUAGAAGACUCUUUCUUUCAGGAGCCGAUGGUUCAUUUGUUCUCAGAGGUGUUUUUGCCGGUCCUCGAUCGUUUGCCAUAGUGACGAAUAUGACGUCAUAAGGGAUAAGGAGGUCAAUCCAUUUUUAAACAAAAAGACGAGUAUUCCGCACUCUCAUGCAAAAAAGUAGAAAACAGCACCAAAAUUAGCAAACUAUUAUUAAAUUGUAACAUAAUUAUCAAACGGCAAGCUUGGAAUGGUUAGUUUUUGUACUCCAUUUAAUAAAUGUGAAUUUCCGUAAAAACCUUAGAUGGGGACGAUUUUGAAUCCCGAAACUUGCCAAAAUAUUUGUGUUGAAUUGUAGAGUUAANAUUGUAACAUAAUUAUCAAACGGCAAGCUUGGAAUGGUUAGUUUUUGUACUCCAUUUAAUAAAUGUGAAUUUCCGUAAAAACCUUAGAUGGGGACGAUUUUGAAUCCCGAAACUUGCCAAAAUAUUUGUGUUGAAUUGUAGAGUUAAUAACUUGCUAUCUAUUUGACGCCUUAUUUUAUCCAAAAUAUUUUAACACAGGAAAAGCCGGGCUCUAGGCUCUCACCCUCCAACCUCUCUUCCGAUCCUUACACGUCCAAGGAUUAACACUGCACAUGAUUUCCUCUUCACUGAAUGCUAAUUGGGAAAAAAAAAACAAAACAUGCAGUAUAGAAAGGUUCAUUUGCUGUUAUUUAUCUAUCUCCAGAUGUGAGGCCAAAUAUCUGGAAUUUUAUGAACAACACCUCUGAGAUUUUGAAAUGGUUUGUAUGUUUCUUGGUUUUUGUAUCUUUUCUUUACCAACCGGCCGGAACUUUGUCAAAUUAUCUUAAAACUGGACUUUGACAAUUUAGUUAAAAGAAUUCAAAAUCGAAAGUACAAAGGGAAAAAACGCAUGAAAAAAAGGAGGAAGGAGCACGGGUGCCAUUAGCCAAUACACUCGAUACAAGACGCCACAAAUCAAAAUUUUAAACUUAAACUGAUCGGUAACGCAGAAGUUCAACAUAUCAAAGAUAAUGUUUAAUUUCCUUUUUAUCUUAUAAUCAAUUAUUUUUCUUUGUUUCAGCAAUUGGAAAAUGAUUUUACCUUUCACACUUGCGAUCCUUCUGUUUUCCGCUGCUUUUUUCACUAAGAAGGAUAUUACCUUUGCUGUUAACAUUUGGAUCUUUCCGGGUAAGCAAUGUUUCCUUCUUUAAUUAAUUUCUAAAUGCCUUUGCUCUUCAGCGAACCUGGCCAUAAAAUAUAAAACAAGGAAAAAUAUAUUCUUUAAUAAAACUUUAACGAGUUAUUUUUACCCAUCGGUAAGCAGAGCAAAACGCCCAAUAAUUCAAUUUGCCGACCCCCAAGCUACCAGCUCUGUAAACUAGAUUAUCGUCGUGUUUAUUAUAAUCACGUCAGACUUAACCCUUUUUAGUUAGCUGUAAAGCCGCAAUCGAGAGCAAAUCUUUUUUAGAGUUGAUCAUAUUUUAAUCCGAAGCCCGAACGUUCAUAAUUCCGAUUCUGACUUGUAACCAGGUCUUUCUAGGUAACUUUUUCUCUCCGUUUUUGCAAGUGCUCAUUUUGAUAGGAAGCAGAGCUCUGUUUAGACUUUUUCUAUUUUAUCAAUGCAGGUUUUGCCGUGCUCAUUGUAUCCUUUGUGUGCUCAGAAGACCUGCAGAGAUGGAUUGCUCUAAGACAUCAAGGUACCUUAUUCGCAGACUCUCCUUCAAAUUGCCCUUCCAGAAAAAAGCUAAGAAAACAUUAAUAACAAUACGAACGAAACAACAAGAAAUGAUUACUGUAAUAAAAUGGCAUUUUGGUUCCAAGAGGCUUCACUUUUAAAUAAUAAUUACUUUUAAAACAGUAUUUAAAAGAAAACAAAUAUAUGGCAUUGUAUGGAAAAAGAUAAUGAUUAUCAGGAGCCUACUUUUUUUUCAAAAAUUUUGUGAUUGUAUUAUCUUGAUUUAUUUCACAGAUUUUAUGAACAGCAAUCAUCCCUCUUAUAUUCCACUCGUGCCACCUGUUCCUCCACCUCCCCCACCCCCACCUUUCUCCCCUCCCCCUCCUCCCUCAAAUACAAUUAAGAAGCACAAAUGGCACAAAAUUGACUGCAGGAAGCUUUCGUGGGAAACCCUGAGCCCAGAUCUUCUUAAUCAGGAUACAAUUUGGAAAAAGGUAGGUUAAAAGAGUAUUUUUUCUUCCUUACCUUGUAAGGUCUUGUAAUAACAUAAUUUGACAUGUUUUUAGGUUGGAAGGAACUUGCCCUUGGAGGGCAUUUUUGAUUGUGAAGACAUAAGAAGAGAAUUUUCAAUUAUGCCAUCUCAAGGUAGACAAAAUUAAUUGCCUUCUCUUGUUGAAUACCUCAAAAAAGACAUUUGAUAAUUUGUAGCCUGUCCAGAAAAAAAUCCUCAACCACAAACUGGAAAAUUCAUCGCUGAUCAUAAGUUUCAUUCGUUUCCAAAACGGGUGAAGUAAUUUGAACUCCUUCGUCAAAUUAAAGCUUGGAUGACUGGUUAACCCCAGUAUUUCGGAUGAUAGUCAGCGGGCCGGAAUAAAAAUGGGGACCUUAAGAUCGACGUUUGGCCGUCUUACGGCAAACGGCAAACCGCGGUUUGUGGUUAGCGGUUUCACGUUAUCCGUCUGCCCAUAUUUAGGAAUUAAGAUUCGCGGGUGGUAGCUCGCGGCUGUCAUGUUUGUUUUAUUCAUUCUUUCACUCCGAUUUUAGCAGAGAAAUCGUCUUCAAAGUUACGUUUGUAUGAAAAAUAGUUCAAUAAUUAAUUAGCGAAAGAGUUCUAAAAAGGAGUAUUUUCUCUCACACACGGGAUUGUGACGUUUUAUAGCGCAAAAAACCUUGCGGUAAAUCACUUACCUCUGGAACGUGAUCUAGCCGUACAAACGUGAACUUCAAACCCCAAACGUGACGGCAACGCACCAGUCACGUGACUUCUUGACGUUUGCUGUUCGCGGGAGAUGCCCAAAAACCUCGAUCUAAAGGUCUCUAAUGGCUUAUCCUCAACCUCGUCUCCAGGCUUUCCCUUAAAAAAACAAAAUGGAAAAAGCCCUGGGGACGAAGUUAACCUGUCCUUUCGAACAACCCAUAAAUUAAAACAGACAAAUUCCUUUCGCGGCCGAUUCUCUUGUUCCUAAAAGUGCCAAAAAGCCUCAUAAACUUGCCACUUUUCAUGGGAUUUCAUUCAAAGCGUAAAAUUCAGAAAAUUUAAGGUCCUUAUUGCCCGAAAGGCGGAUGACACUAUCCACAGGAUGAAUCUCUAUCUAACAAACGGCAAGCUUGGAAUGGUUAGUUUUUGUACUCCAUUUAAUAAAUGUGAAUUUCCGUAAAAACCUUAGAUGGGGACGAUUUUGAAUCCCGAAACUUGCCAAAAUAUUUGUGUUGAAUUGUAGAGUUAACAACUUGCUAUCUACUUGACGCCUUAUUUUGUCCAAAAUAUUUUAACACAGGAAAAGACGGGCUCUAGGCUCUCACCCUCCAACCUCUCUUCCGAUCCUUACACGUCCAAGGAUUAACACUGCACAUGAUUUCCUCUUCACUGAAUGCUAAUUGGGCAAAAUCAAAACAUGCAGUAUAGAAAGGUUCAUUUGCUGUUAUUUUUCUAUCUCCAGAUGUGAGGCCAAAUAUUUGGAAUUUUAUGAACAACACCUCUGAGAUUUGGAAAUGGUUUGUAUGUUUCUUGGUUUUUGUAUCUUUUCUUUACCAACUGGCCGGAACUUUGUCAAAUUAUAUUAAAACUGGACUUUGACAAUUUAGUUAAAAGAAUUAAAAAUCGAAAGUAAAAAGGGAAAAAACGCAUGAAAAAAAGGGGGAAGGAGCACAGGCGACCUUAGCCAAUACACUAGAUACAAUACGCCACAAAUCAAAAUUUUAAACUUAAACUGAUCAGUAACGCAGUAGUUCAACAUAUCGAAGAUAAUGUUUAAUUUCCUUUUUAUCUUAUAAUCAAUGAUUUCUCUUUGUUUUAGCAAUUGGAAAAUAAUUUUACCUUUCACACUUGCGAUCCUUCUGUUUUCCGCUGCUUUUUUCACUAAGAAGGAUAUUACCUUUGCUGUUAACAUUUGGAUCUUUCCGGGUAAGCAAUGUUCCCUUCUAAUUUCUAAAUGCAUUUGCUCUUCAUCAAAACUAGCCAUAACAUAUAACACAACGAAAAAUAUUUUCUUUCAUAAAACUUUAACGAGUUAUUUUUACCUAUCACAAAGCAGAGCAAAACGCCCAAUAAUUCAACUUGCCUCACGCCCAAGCUACCAGCUCUCUCAGCUAGAUUAUCGGCGUGUUUAUUGUAAUCACAUCAGACAUAACCCUUUUUAGUUGGCUGUACUAAAGCUGCAAUCAAGAGAAAAUCUUUUUUAGAGUUGAUCAUAUUUUAAUCCGAAAGUCCGAACGUUCAUAAUUCCGAUUCUGACUCGUAACCAGGUCUUUCUAGGUAUUUUUUAUCUCUCCGUUACGUUGCAAGUGCUCAUUUUGGUAGGAGGCAGAGUUCUGUUUAAACUUUUUCUAUUUUAUCAAUGCAGGUUUUGCUGUGCUCAUUGUAUCCUUUGUGUGCUCAGAAGACCUGCAGAGAUGGAUUGCUCUAAGACAUCAAGGUACCUUAUUCCCAGACUCUCCUUCAAAUUGCCCUUCCAGAAAAAUCUAUAAGAAAACAUCAAUAACAAUACGAACGAAACAACAAGAAAUGAUUACUGCAAUUAAAUGGAAUUUUCGUUCCAUGAGGCUUCACUUCUGAAUAGUAAUUACUUUUAAAACAGUAUUUAAAAGAAAACAAAUAUAUGGAAAGAGAUAAUGAUUAUCACAAGCCUACUUUUUUUUGCAAAAAUUUUGUGAUUGCAUUAUCUUGAUUUAUUUCACAGAUUUUAUGAACAGCAAUCAUCCCUCUUAUAUUCCAAUCGUGCCACCUGUUCCUCCACCUCCCCCACCCCCACCUUUCUCCCCUCCCUCUCCUCCCCCAAAUACAAUUAAGAAGCACAAAUGGCACAAAAUAGACUGCAGGAAGCUUUCGUGGGAAACCCUGAGCCCUGAUCUUCUUAACCAGGAUACAAUUUGGAAAAAGGUGGGUAAAAGAGUUUUUUUCUUCCUUACCUUGUAAAGUCUUGUAAUGACAUAAUUUGCGAGAGAUUAGUUAGCUGCUUAAACUUUUUUGAAAUGUUUUCAGGUUGGAAAGAACUUGCCCUUGGAGGGCAUUUUUGAUUGUGAAGACAUAAGAAGAGAAUUUUCAAUUAUGCCAUCUCAAGGUAGACAAAAUUCAUUGUCUUCCGUUGUUGAAUACCUCAAAAAAGACAUUUUGAUAUUUUGUAGCCUGUCUAAAAAAAACCUCAACCACAAACUGGAAAAUUCAUCGCUGAUCAUAAGUUUCAUUUGUUAUUCACUUCCAAAACGGGUGCAGUAAUUUUAACUCCUUCGCCAAAUUAAAGCUUGGAUGACUGGUUAACCCCAAUCACUUUCGAAGAGAAGUGAGCGGGCUGGAAUAAAAAUGGAGACCUUAAGAUCGAGGGAGGUUUGGCCAUCUUACGGCAAACGGCAAACCGCGGUUUUCGGUCAGUAGUUUCACAAAUCCGUCUGCCCAUAUUUAGGAAUUGAGAUUCGCGGGUGGUAGCUCGCGGCCGCCAUGUUUGUUUUUAUUCAUUCUUUCACUUCUAUUUUAGCUAAGAAAUCGUCUUCAAAGUUACGUUUCUAUGAAAGAUAGUUCAAUAAUUAAUUAGCGAAAGAGUUCUAAAAAGGAGUAUUUUCUCUCAAACGCGGGGUUGUGAUUUUUUAUAGUGCAAAAAACCGUGCGGUAAAUCACUUACCGCUGGAGCGUGAUCUCGCAAACGUGAGCCUCAAACCACAAACCUGACGGUAACGCACUAGUCACUUGACUUCUUGACGUUUGCUGGGAGAUGCCGAAAAACCUCGAUCUUAAGGUCUCUAAUGGCUUAUCCUCAACCUCGUCUCCAGGCUUUCCCUUAAAAAACAAAAUGGAAAAAGCCCUGGGGACGAAGUUAACCUGUCCUUUCGAACAACCCAUAAAUUAAAACGGACAAAUUCCUUUCGCGGCCGAUUCUCUUGUUCCCAAAAGUGCCAAAAAGCCUCAUAAACUUGCCACUUUUCAUGGGAUUUCAUUCAAAGCGUAAAAUUCAGAAAAUUUAAGGUCCUUAUUGCCCGAAAGGCGGAUGACACUAUCCACAGGAUGAAUCUCUAUCUAGUGGAUAUUGGACUUGGUUUCCCAAAUACUGAUCCACUGGAAAGAGAUUUAUCCCAUUUAUCCCUCUGAAAAACCGGGCCCUGAUCAUUUUAAUUAUAACAGAAAAAUUGUUUGUAAUGAAAAUAUUAACAGGUUACGAUUUAUGUUUACUGACAGGAUCUUUGAAAAAAGCCAAACGAGAAAGUGCUAUGAGCGACAAAAAGAUUUUUAACAUCUGUAAGUAAUGAUGACUACGAUUGCAAAAUGUCUUGGCUUAUCAAAAUGCAAAACAUAGGAAAAAAAUACGUAUAUCACUUUGCUAGAAAUAAGAAGUACUUUAUUUUUCAAAGAAUAUUUUGAGUAAAAUCAUCAUGUUAGAAGAAAAAAAUCACUUACAGAGUUUGAAAUUCGGUCCCACGUGGCUCUGUGUCUUAUAUGCCUGUUUUUCGUGACAGGUUCUGCCUCCCUCCCUAACUAAAACUUAGAGCUUGACUACUAAUUGAUCGAGGAAGUUGUAAUAUUUUGUUGUGUGAUGUUUCCAGCUAUUGUGAUGUCACAUCAUAAGUUGAAAACUGAAGACGUAGCUCUAUGUCUUAUAUCCGGGACCUCUAAUCUGACCUCUGACGUACUCAGACAAUUGUUGGCAUUUGCGCCUGACGAUCGAGAGGUAACUAUGGCAACAAAAGAUUCAAAAGCCACCAGUUUCGCUGUCUCAGUAAAUUCAUAAGUCGAUUUAUUUCGACAGUAAUCAUGUUCGCUCUUGGUCCUUACAAAAAGUGAACACUAAUUAAGACACGUUAGAAUUUUUUGAUUUAGGUAGUGUAUUUAUAGCUAUCUUUAUUCCAGAACGUAACGAAAGAGAAUCAAAUAAGGCUUCUGAAGUUGUAAGUUUAGUCUGCAAAAACAGCUGGCAUUUCACUUCGUCACCACUGAUUUCUGCGCAAAAUGAGCGCAGCAAUUCCAUACUAAUGACAUGUCACUUACCCAGAACUGGUUAGUGCUCCGGAUUGGUCUUGCCGCGUGGGAAAUUUGCUUCAACCAAUAACAAACACUACCCAGAUCUAAGUAAUGACGCGUCAUCAGUAUGGCAUUUCUACGCAAACUCGUUCUCACUAUUGCCUGGGAACGAGGAUGAUUUCUGUGCUCUUUUCUCAGACAUGGUGGUGUCGCGAAAUGUCAGUCAUUGUCUCUAGCUAGAGGUUUUCUGCUCAAAUAACUGCGAAUUGAACACUAAAAUUAUUGUGCGAAAAUAUAGGUGCUAAAGAAUCCUAAAGUAACUAACUGCAUUUUGUUGUCUUACCAGGCAAAAGCGAUAAGAAAACAAGAGCGAGAGAACGAGCCUUUACUUGAGCCAGCUGAGCGCUUCUAUCUUGAGGUAAAAAUCUUUUCUUACUUCUUACAAAGACAUCAUAAAUAAAAGAGAUUGAAUAGUAUCUAUAAAUACGUGACGCCUGAUCUAAGUCAAGUUAUAUUUCUUUUUCUUUCCGUUGGCAGAUUGCAGCCUCCGUUCCAUCCUAUAAGGAAAGAAUGAGAACUGUACUAUUGAAAUCUCAAUUCCAGGAAAGGAUCGCUCACAUUAAACCAGUAAGACGUCAGUAAGAUAGGGAUUACUUUACAUUCAAUGAUGAGCAAAAAGAGCACUGAAUAGAAAGAAAUGUUCAAUAUAUCUAUCAGACACAACUGAGUGGUUCCCAAAGGUGGUUACUUAUUCAAUGUGAACGGAAACAGGGAUGGUAUUCCGUCAUGUAUUUUACAGUGAAAGGAAAUGUUAUCUUGAAAAUAAGAAUGCUGGUUUUGUUUGUUUGAAUUAGGAAACUCGUUGGCGCAUGCGCCCAGCUCGCGUUCGAAAUCGUGAUUUUUUGAUAAUUUUUUCCUGGAUUCGCAUAUAAGAGCACUCUACUUCUGAGCCAAUUUGACAAGUUUAUUUGUAUUCCAGUACAGUUUGCGAAUAUUGUAGCCAGAUUGACAGGUUAAAGGAGGUUCUUGUUUUUAAACAGCAAAGUAUAUUCCAGAAUUUAUUAACGUUUCACUGAGACAGAACGAAACAAAAUAAAGACAGUGAUUGUGCAGUUUUUUCUAGAGAGGUAUAAAAGUUUAAAAUAGCAUUUUUGUGAUUUAUUUUUCAGUAUCUCCAGACAGUGAUAACAGCAAGUCAAGAGCUCAUGUCGAGUGAAAAGCUUACAACAUUUAUAGAGGUAUCACCUCGUAAAAAAGGCGAUCCCCCACCCCCUUCCAGAGAGGAAUAUAUAAUUAAUAAUAAUAAUGAUAAUAAUGAAAUAGUAAUAAUAACAAUAAUAAUAAUAAUAAUAAUAAUAAUAAUAAUAAUAAUAUGAUAAGGAGUGAAAGACGAUAAUGAUACUAAAGCAAACUUACUCCCCUCACUAAGUUAACCAUCUACGCUGCUAUCAAGAAAAUAUUUCUAAAUAUUUAUAAUCCAGCCCAAUUGAAAACGUGCGUAUCUUUCAAAAGCUAAACAUUCGGCAAAACUUCUUAAUUAUUCAAGAACAAUUUCUAUAUUUCUUUUCUCUAGCUGCUUUUGACCAUGGGAAAUAUCAUGAAUGGUAGCGAAGCCUGUGCUUUUAAGAUAACAUUUGUUACAAAGGUAGGCACUGAAGAAGAUUACUGUUACUGAGAAAAAAAAGCCAUUUUCCAUUUCGAAUUAAAGUAGUGAUAAAAAAAGUUCUUCUGCAACGGAUUUGUUUGACCUCUUGAAAGCCAUGGUGACAUAAGACAGACUACUUAGAAGAGAAUGACUGGCAAAAAAUGUUUCUUUCUUUUCAUAGCUGAUGGAUUAUAAAUCGUCCAUGAAUAAGAGGAUAUCAGUUCUGGAUUACCUUACUAAGGUCAUCAUUACCAAGUGUCCGCACAUUGCAGCGUUAGAAGAAGAUCUCAAACAUGUCCAACAAGCAUCACGAGGUAUAUCAUUUCACUGAUCUAGAUAUUCUCAUCUAGUAAAAUCCAAGUAGUGGUCUAUUAUCAAUGCUGCGUUCUGAUUGGUUGAGCUACUACUAGGCUAUAUGUUAUGGCCCUCUAGUAGCGAAAAGCGCCGGCUUUGAAAACCAAAACAACGGUGGCUGAAUCGCGUUUUGCUAGCUAAACUUGUUUUGCCUUCGGCCUCAUGGGCUAUUUCACUCAGAGCCCAUUCGGGCUCGAGGAGUGAUUGUUAAUACAUAUGUUAGAUAUCCUCAUCUGAUGGUAUUAGAAAACAAUUGGUUUUGGUCUACUUUCAUUUUAGAAAGACAAUUGCUUAAUUUGAAUGACACAAUAUUUUGUUGUUGUUUUUUGAUCGUUAGUUUGCUUGUUUGUUUUGUUUGUUUGAGAGGAAGUGUUUCAAGAUCCGAUUGUUUGGCUUUUGUUGUUUCUUUUUUUUUUAGUUCCACUCAAGUCGCUGGACAAAGAGAUAACCGAGCUAACGGCAGAGAUCGAGGUGAGAAAAAUUUUAACUGGAACGUAACGAGUGUAUUUAAAGUUGAUUCAUUAACACGCAUACAGACCAUAAUUUUUGAACUGUUUUUUUUGGCAGGUUCUAGAGGAGGAUGUCAAGAAAAUAAAUAAUGAAAGCAUUAAACAAGACGAGGAUGCUUUUCGAACAAGCAUUGAAGUAUCCUUAGUUUCGUCAUGUAAUCUAACUCACAUUUUAUUUGUUUCAAGUGAUUUCCACUAAUAUGGAAUCAUAGUUUUCAGUGAAAGUAAAAUGAUGGAUUAGGGAUGAGUGCAAACAAAGUGGCAUGGAGUAUUCCUGGAUAAUUAACGGGCUGCGGGGUAGAGCUGUGCACUGUUUUUAAACAUAGUUCGCCGUAUAUGACUUUUUUUUCUAUUAAUGGACAUCAAUAUUACCUGUCAUGGACACCAAAACUACUAUCAUGGACGUUUUGUCAAGACAGAUUUCACUUCAGCAAGGAAAAUGAAAGGCACGCCCUAUAUCGUUGUUGAAUGUCUUGACAUUUUUUUUAGAUCAGAACUAGAUUCUCUGUCCACGUAACCAUCAUGAAACCCGUCGUUAACAACAACUUCUUAUUCGUACAAAGUACUGCGUUAGGGGAGGGGUGGGUUGUCAGUUAUCCAGAAACCACUGAUCAUAGCGUCCUAGCAGCCCCAACCCCAGUUAUAUUCUUUUCCUUUCUUCAUUCGACCGGGUGGCCCUCCUUUCAGGGGCACCCAACGAGAAUAUAGUCCAAAACCACUUAAACAUAACAUUGUUAAACUUAUUUUAGUAUUUACACGGUAGACAUAGGCAUAGUUUUGUCCCCUAAAAAUUUUUCAUCUGUUCGGAUUUCCUGAGCUAGCUGGAAGUCUAGUGAUCCGAAAAUCAUAGGGAUCAAAACUUACCUUUUCGAAAAUUUCAGCCAGAAAAAAGGCUCCCGAAAAUUCUAGGUGACGUUUUAACUGUAAAAAUCCGUUAAAAAUGGGCAAUGCGCCCGGCUGAUGCGCAAAAAGAACACCAGCAAAGACUGUGAUAAUAGAGAUAAUAAUAAUAAUAAUAAUAAUAAUAAUAAUAAUAAUAAUAAUAAUAAUAAUAAUAAUAAUAAUAAUAAUAAUAAUAACAAUAAUAAUAUGAUAAGGAGUGAAAGACGGUAAUGAUACUAAAGCAAACUUACUCCCCUCACUAAGUUAACCAUCUACGCUGCUAUCAAGAAAAUAUUUCUUUUUUAUGGAAGAAAAUAAUCCAGCCCAAUUGAAAACGUGCGUAUCUUUCAAAAGCUAAACAUUCGGCAAAACUUCUUAAUUAUUCAAGAAAAAUUUCUAUAUUUCUUUUCUCUAGCUGCUUUUGACCAUGGGAAAUAUCAUGAAUGGUAGCGAAGCCUGUGCUUUUAAGAUAACAUUUGUUACAAAGGUAGGCACUGAAGAAGAUUACUGUUAAUGAGAAAAAAAGCCAUUUUCCAUUUUGAAUUAAAGUAGUGAUAAAAAGAGUUCUUCUGCAACGGAUUUGUUUGACUUCUUGAAAGCCAUGGUGACAUAAGACAGACUAAUUAAAAGAGAAUAACUUGCAAAACAUGUUUCUUUCUUUUCAUAGCUAAUGGAUUAUAAAUCGUCCGUGAAUAAGAGGAUAUCAGUUCUGGAUUACCUCACUAAAGUCAUCAUUACCAAGUGUCCGCACAUUGCAGCGUUACAAGAAGAUCUCAAACAUGUCCAACAAGCAUCACGAGGUAUAUCAUUUCACUGAUCUAGAUAUUUUCAUCUAGUAAAAUCCAAGUAGUGGUCUAUUAUCAAUGCUGCGUUCUGAUUGGUUGAGCUACCACUAGGCUAUAUGUUAUGGUCCACUAGUAGCGAAAAGCACCGGCUUUGCAAACCAAAACAACGGUGGCCGAAUCGCGUUUUGCUAGCUAAACUUGUUUUGCCUUCCUCCUCAUGGGCUAUUUCACUCAGAGCCCAUUCGGGCUUUAGGAAUAAUUGUUAAAUACAUAUGUUAGAUAUCAUCAUCUGAUGGUAUUAGAAAGCAAUUGGUUUUAGUCUACUUUCAUUUUAGAAAGACAAUUGCUUAAAUUGAAUGACCCAAUAUUUUGUUGUUGUUUUUUUAUCGUUAGUUUGCUUGUUUGUUUUGUUUUUGUUUUGCUGGUUUGAGAGGAAGUGUUUCACGAUCCGAUUGUUUGGCUUUUGUUGUUUCUUUUUUUUAAGUUCCACUUAAGUCGCUUGACAAAGAGAUAACCGAGCUAACGGCAGAGAUCGAGGUGAGAAAAAUUUUAACUGGUAAGUAACGAGUGUAUUUAAAGUUGAUUCAUUAACACGCAUACAGACCAUAUUUUUUGAACUGUGUUUUUUUUUGGCAGGUUCUAGAAGAGGACGUCGAGAAAAUAAAUAAUGAAAGCAGUAAAGAAGACGAGGACGCUUUUCGAACAAGCAUUGAAGUAUCCUAAGUUUCGUUAUGUAAUCUAACUCACAUUUUAUUUGUUUCAAGUGAUUUCCACUAAUAUGGAAUCAUAAUUUUCAGUGAAAGUAAAAUGAUGGAUUAGAGAUGAGUGCAAACAAAGUGGCAUGGAGUAUUCCUGGAUAAUUAACGGGCUGCGGGGUAGAGCUGUGCACUGUUUUUAAACAUAGUUCGCUGUAUAUGACUUUUUUUUCUAUUAAUGGACGUCAAUAUUACCCGUCAUGGACACCAAAGCUUCUAUCAUCAACGUUUUGUCAAGACAGAUUUCACUUCAGUAAGGAAAAUGAAAGGCACGCCCUAUAUCGUUGUUGAAUGUCUUGACAUUUUUUCUAGAUCAGAACUAGAUUCUCUGUCCACGUAACCCUCCUGAAACCCGUCGUUAACACCAACUUCUUUUUCGGACAACGUACGGCGUUAGGGGAGGGGUGGGUUGUCAGUUGUCCAGAAACCACUGAUCAUAGCGUCCUACCAGCCCCACCCCCAGUUAUAUUCUUUUCCUUUCUUUAUUCGACCGGGUGGCCCUCCUUUAGGAAAGAGAGGGCGAUCGGAAACGCCGGAGUACAUAUUAAAAGGAAGAUUAAAGAAAAAAACAGAACUCUGAGCUUUAUCAAAUAUCCUUGACAACUGGCUAACAGCUAUUUACCGUCACUGCAAAGGAAGAACUUAAUGAUGUUUUAUUGCUGCGAAAAGCCGUGAAAAGAGAAUUUCACCUCUUGGUUCAGUACUUUGGUGAGGAAUCUAUCAAGCCAGAAGAACUGUUUGGAAUUUUUGCCACUUUGUUGCGACAAUUUGAGGUAAUUGGUGGCGACAGCCGAAUUAUUAUUACUACACGAGAGUGCGUGCAGUUGGCAACACAAUGUUAG